AUGAAGGGUUUUGGCAGAUUAAUAUCGCGAGCUGUAUUAAACCAAAAAAGAUUCGAAUUUUGCAGAGAAAUCAAUCCUGCAUGUCGUUUAACAACUGGCCGCUUCAUACAUGUUUCAACUGCAACGGCACCGUUUUUGCACAACAGCGGUGGUGCUCUCUCUGAUUCGAAAACGUUGAAGUCUUCUCUGCAUCCAGAGAAAUUGACCGUUUUGACAGGGCAGAGGAGGACAAUGUUUAUACAAACUCAAUCCACACCAAAUCCAGCAUCUCUUAUGUUUUAUCCUGGGAAGCCGGUGAUGGAUGUAGGAAGUGUGGAUUUUCCAAAUCCUCGUUCAGCCAUGAAUUCUCCGUUGGCUAAAGCUAUUUAUGGAAUUGAUGGUAUUACUCGAGUUUUCUUUGGAUCUGAUUUUAUCACCAUAACAAAGUCAGAUGAUGCUACUUGGGAAUUCCUAAAGCCUGAGAUAUUUGCAGCGAUCAUGGACUUCUAUUCUUCUGGAGAACCACUGUUUAUAGAUGCACAAGCUGCUGCAGCAAAGGACACAGCUAUUAGUGAGGAUGACUCAGAAAUUGUUGCAAUGAUUAAAGAGUUGUUGGAGACUCGAAUUCGUCCAGCAGUGCAGGAUGAUGGUGGAGAUAUUGAAUAUCAUGGUUUUGAUGAAGAAACUGGAAUAGUCAAAUUGAAAAUGCAAGGAGCAUGCAGUGGCUGUCCGAGCUCAUCUGUCACUUUGAAAUCUGGAAUAGAGAAUAUGCUGAUGCAUUAUGUACCAGAGGUGAAAGGUGUUGAACAAGAACUAGAUGCUGAAGAUGAGGAUGCAGCAUUGACCAGCUAG